GAAAAACUAACGGUGUGUCAUAAGAACUGAUGGUGUGCUAAGUUUUCUCAUUAUGUGUUCUUCACGAUGGUGUCCUCCACCGUUUCUAUUCCCCAAUUAGAUUAAUCCAAUAUACCACCAUCGACUUCAGCCCCUUCCAGUCGUUCCCUUUUCUUUCUUGCAAAUAAAUUUCACCGCCUAUUCUAUUUUUCAUUCCUUCCUGCUCAUGCACUCCCAACGACUUCUGAGAUCGAUUGACAAUAGCUUUCUUCGAUUCCACCCAUCGGCAUUGUAUUCCAAGUUCCAACAAUCGGAUCGGAAGAUUAUAUACCCGAUGAGACCAACGAAGGGGAUAAUAAUGAUGAAUGGGGAGACGUCUCUUGGAAACGGAGCUCCGAUGGCGGAAUAGGAGGAGGAAGCGCAAUAAAUUUUCGAUGAUCAUAGCCGAUUCAUAUGCAAUUUCCAGAUGCAAUUUCGCUUUGCGUCAAGCUGAUUUCAUCUAUAUUUCUUCCUAUUAAUUCUAAAUUUAAAGAUUUGGUUCAGCAAACCAUGUGUUUCACUUGUGCCCUAAAUUGUGGAUUAUUUGCUUAACCAGAUUUGUUUUUUACUCUUUCUUGAUGGAACUUCAUCAAUCUUGUCAAAGGGAAGAUGGGACUGAAAAGAUCAAAAGAACGGAAGUCAGUUAUUGGAAGUGUAUGCCAUUGAGAUUCAAACUUAAACAAAAAGCUGUGAAAACUGGAGACACCAUUUUCAUUGGUCAAUACUUAUUCACAGGACAUGGGACAACUUCUCUUUGGCUGGAGGUUUGGAUCACAUAA